UGGAAUCAGCUCUGGCCAGACUGAAGGAUCUGGAGGCUCUGCUGAACUCCAAGGACGCGUCUCUCUCCACAGCACUGGGGGAGAAGAGGUCACUGGAGGUCGAAGGCAGAGAUCUGAAAGCCCAGCUGGCAAAGCUGGAGGCCAGUCUGAAUGAUGCUAAGAAGCAGCUACAAGAUGAAAUGCUACGACGUGUGGAUGCUGAGAAUCGAAUCCAGACCCUGAAAGAGGAGCUGGAUUUCCAGAAGAACAUCUACACUGAGGAGCUUCGUGAGUCUAAGCGCAGACAUGAGUCGCGUGUGGUGGAAAUCGACAGCGGGCGCCAGCGGGAGUAUGAGAGUAAACUGUCUGAGGCUUUGAUUGAACUCCGUAACCAACACGAAGAGCAGCUUCGCAUCUACAAGGAUGAAAUUGAGAAGACCUACAACUCCAAGCUGGAGAAUGCCCGUCAGUCGGCUGACAGGAACAGUCAUUUGGUGGGAGCCGCCCAUGAGGAACUGCAGCAGACACGUUUGAGGAUGGAGAGUGUGACGUCUCAGCUCUCUCAGCUACAGAAGCAGUUGUCUGCUCGCGAGGCGAAGAUCCGUGAGCUGGAGGAGGCUCUGUCCAGAGAGAGGGACAUGAUGCGCCGUCGUAUGGAUGACAAGGAGAAAGAGAUGGCCGAAAUGAGGCACCGCAUGCAGCAACAGUUGGACGAGUACCAGGAGCUGCUGGACAUUAAGCUCGCACUCGACAUGGAGAUCAGCGCCUACCGGAAGCUUCUGGAGGGCGAGGAGGAGAGGCUGCGUCUCUCCCCGAGUCCUCCUCCUGUCCGUGGGGUGACUGUGACCCGCUCCUCGGGUUCUGGCACUCACACACGUGUGGUCCAGAGCAGCACCUGUCGUACCUCUUCAGGCAGUGCUAAAAAACGGCGCUUGAAUGAUAACGACAGCGAUGCCUCCAGUUUGCUCGGUGGAACUGUUACUCGCACACGCGUCGCCCAGCAGGCCUCUGCCAGCGGCCGCGUGACCGUAGAUGAAGUGGACAUGGAGGGCAAAUAUGUUCGGCUCAGUAACAAAUCCGACCAGGAUCAAGCUAUGGGUCACUGGCAGGUGAAGAGGCAGAUUGGUUCCGGCACUCCCAUCGUCUACAAGUUCCCGCCAAAAUUUACCCUAAAGGCAGGACAGACUGUCACGAUUUGGGCCGCAGGAGCUGGAGGAACCCACAAUCCUCCUUCUGACCUGGUGUGGAAGACCCAGAACUCAUGGGCAGUGGAGAUCUGUUCCAGACCACCCUCAUCAGCUCCAGUGGGGAGGAAAUGGCCAUGAGGAAGGUCACACGCACACUAUUCCAGGAUGAGGAAGAUGAUGAUAUGGCCGCCCACAGCACAUGCGGGGAUAGUGAGUACAACCUCCGCAGCCGUACGGUGGUCUGUGGCUCAUGUGGGCUGCCUUCAGAUAGAAACAGCAGCUGCAUGUCGGCCAGCUCUGGAGUGUCCAGUGCGACUCGCUCC